AUGGGGCAAAACAGUGCCAAGACUGCCCUGCUCCUUAGUAGUUUUAAGGCUCUGCUCUGCCACAUGAAUAUGGACGUUACAGUGGCCAGCGUGACCGUCAGCACGUGUUUGUGUGCACUGAGCCGGUUCGAAAUAAACUUUGCAGAACAGAGGGGCACCAGGAGCAGGGUUGAAGACCUAAGGAAUGUGUUUGUUGUCAGUUUGGCCUUUGCUGACCUGGUGGUGACUUUCUAUCCCUACCCGGUGGUGUUGUAUGCAAUCUUCCAUGACGGCUGGUCUCUGGGGGAAACCCAGUGUAAAGUCAGCGGAUUCCUAAUGGGCCUGAGUGUGAUCGGCUCUGUUUUCAACAUCACUGGCAUCGCCAUCAACCGUUACUGCUACAUCUGUUACAGUUUUGCCUACGGACGUCUCUACAGCUUCCGUAACACGCUGCUGUUAGUGGCCCUGAUCUGGGCACUCACUGUGCUGGCCAUUCUUCCCAACUUCUUCGUGGGUUCGCUGAGUUACGACCCCCGCGUUUACUCCUGCACCUUCACGCAGACUGCUAGCAGCUCCUACACUGUGGUGGUGGUGGUGGUUCACUUCCUGGUGCCCAUCGCGGUGGUGACCUUCUGCUACCUGAGGAUUUGGGUUCUGGUGAUACAGGUGAGGCGGAAGGUGAAGAGCGAGGAACGCUCAAGGGUGAGACCCAGCGACCUGCGCAACUUUGUCACCAUGUUUGUGGUGUUUGUUUUAUUUGCAAUCUGCUGGGCUCCGCUCAAUCUAAUCGGUCUUGCUGUGGCCAUCGACCCAGAGGUCAUGGCUCCACGUAUUCCAGAGUGGCUCUUUGUGGUCAGCUACUUUAUGGCCUAUUUCAACAGUUGCCUCAAUGCUAUCAUUUACGGACUCCUCAAUCGGAAUUUCCGAAAGGAGUACGUGCGGAUCAUGACGUCGGUGUGGAUUCCUCUGAGGUUUGUGACUGAGACCUCCAGGGCUGCCACAGAUGGGAUGAGGAGCAAACCCUCACCGGCCAUUAAUAACAAUGAGUGACUUUUGUUUUUAGCCAAUCACUGUUCAGAGAGGAACAUUAUGGAUGCAUGAAGCAAAUUUACAUGCUUUGAACUGUGAACACAUAUUUUGAAUGCUACAGAACCAUUAUGCACAACUCAGGGUGCUUGUUUUAUUUGCAAAUUGGAAAUAUGUGACUGCCUAAAUUUCUGCAAAACCUGAAAUGUGUUGUUACAUUUCACUGAACUUUUCAGAUGACACCUCUACAAGCAGCGCUAUAAGCCAUUUCAGUUUUUUUCUGCAUUGGAGAUGCAGGUUUAUCAAACAGUACAGCGCCAUGAAAAUAACAUUCCUGUGGGUACAAAAUAGCUGCAAAAUUAUAUUUUAAACCCCAAUUUCUGGCGUGUUUAAUUUUCUCUGAAACAGUUGAACAUGAACAUGCUAAUGCUUUUUUACGCUGUUUGUAACGCAGCAAUUCAGAAAUGAAAUGUCGGGUGAGUGGCGCAAAAAUGUGAAUGCUCCAUUGUGUUUGAAAUUUAUGUACCACCUACACUAAACCCUACCGAAAAGCGAAUGUAAGAUAAAAACACAUUUGCUGAAGCAACCAUGCCAUUUUAGCUUCAAGGCUUAACAAGGGUUUGAGCUCUUUUGUGGAGUGUCAUGACUUGUGUUUUACAGGACUUAUACCAGAGUGCUCCGCAUCGCAAAUGUGCCAGCUGUACCAGGUGAGCUACCGAGCAAGUUUACCAUGUCAGAAAAGCCAUUUAAAU